AUGAGAAAGGACAUACAAAUACUGAAAACACGAUCUUUUUCAAUUUCAAGAUUAUAUUGCUCAAAGAUUUCCCAGGAACAAAGUAACAACGAUGAUGAUGAAGAAAAAACUGUCAAAGAAAUCACAUUCAUUUUAAAGCAAGAUGAUUGGUUUUCAAAAUUAAAGAAAUCAUUUCCAAAUCUUCGCAAAAACCUAAACCCACAAACGAUUCAAUCGAUUCUUGAUCGAAAUCGAUCAUUUCAUCCCCACAGACUUCACAAUUUCUUCAACUGGUUCGCUUCUCAAAAGGGUACUUUUCAAAAUCUACAAUCUUUUUUGAUUCUUUCAAUGUGUUACUGUAAUGCCAAUGAAUUUAGGAAUGCUAGUCGGGUUUUAUGCCAAAUGAUAGACACCCAUUACUCGCCCAUUUCGGAUGUUUUACUUGCUGUUAAAAGUGUCGGGUUUAGUUCUGUAGCGUUUACACGGCUUAUUUAUACUUAUAAAGAUAAACGUUUAUUCGAUGAAGCUGUUUAUAUGAUGUUGAAUGCUGAUUGUUUACCGGAUUCGUUGUGUUUGAAUUCUUUGAUGAGUGAUUUAUUAAAGAAUGAUAAGUUGGAGUUGUUUUGGAAUGUUUACCAGAGUUUGGUUAAGCGUAAUGUGACCCCUGAUGUUUAUAUGUAUACCAAUGUGAUUAAGGCUUAUUGUAGAUGUGGGAAAAUGGGAGACGCGAAAAGGGUAUUUUUGGAAAUGGAGGAGAAGAAUUGCAGUCCUAAUUUGGUGACGUAUAAUGUGUUGACCGGAGGGUUAUGUAGAUAUGGACUCGUUAAAGAAGCUUUAUAUUAUAAGAAUUUAAUGAAUGAAAAGGGUUUGAUUCCUAAUCAUGUUACUUACAAGUCUUUGGUUGAUUGGUUUAUGAAAGAAUGUGAGAUAGAGAAAGCUUUAAGCUUAAUAGAUGAUAUGAUUGAUAAGAAUUGUGAACCUCGAUCCACACUAUGGUGUAUUAAUAAUCUGAUGAAAGAUUUGCUGAAACUAAAUAAAAUGGAGUCAUUUUGGAAUGUGUAUGAGAAAAUGUUGGCUAACAAGUUGAAACCUGAUGAUUUUACUUAUACUAAUGCGAUUGGUGGUUACUUGACGAUUGGGAAAGUGGAUGAGGCUAGAAAGGUUUUUUUUGAGAUGGAGAAGAACGGUUAUAGUCCGAGUUUAGUAACAUACAAUGUGCUUAUUAGCGGGCUAUGUAAAACGGGCUUUGUUGAUGAAGCAUUUGAGUUAAAAAGUUUUAUGUCGGAGAAGGGUUUGAGUCCUGAUAUAUAUACUUAUACGAAUCUUAUUGAUGGGUUAUGCAAAUUAAAGAGACCCUAUGAUGCAAAAGUGCUUUUACAAGAAAUGAAGUUUCUCGGUUUGUCUCCUGACAUUGUUACUUAUAAUGCACUAAUUGAUGGGUUGUUGAAACAAGGUGAAGUGGAUGAGGCGUUAAAGCUGAAAGAUGAAAUGAUUUCUAAUGGGAACAACAUUGAUCUUGUGACAUUCCAGUGCAUAAUAUAUGGGUUGUGUAAACUUGGUCAAUACAAAAAGGCGAUCAAGAUUCUUGAAGGUAUGAAGGAUGAAGGUGUUUUGGCAGAUGUACUUUGCUAUAAUUAUAUUAUACUUGGUCUCUGCAAGGAAAAAAAAAUGAAGGAAGCUCAGGGUAUUUUGGCUCAAAUGGUGGAAAAUGGAGUAAAGCCGAGUGUUUUCACUUAUGGAGCUCUUAUUUCUGCUUAUAAUAAUAUUGCAGAAGUUAAGAUUGCUAACGCGUAUGUCACAGAGAUGCUUGGCCAGGGCAUUGUGCCUGAUCAAGCUGUUUUAGCAUCCAUGAUUGAUGGGCAUUGUAAAGAAGGAGAGUCAAAGGAAGAACUUUCUAAUUUGAGAAAUAUGGUGGGAAAAGGUUUUCUUCCUGAUGUACAAAUUUACAAUGCAUUUAUACAAGGGUUCUCAAAGAAUCAAAAGAUGGAUCUGGCAAUGGAGGUGGUCUCUGAGGUUAGAGAGAAGGGUUUGAAUCUUGAUGUUUAUGCUUACAGUUCUCUGAUUUCUGGCUUCAUCAAGAAAGGUGAUCUCCAGAACGGAUUCCAGCUGUUUGCUGAAAUGCAAGAUAGAAAUGUUUGUCCAAAUAUUGUCACAUAUAAUAUUUUGAUUAAUGGGCUAUGCAAGGCAGGUAAGAUUAGAAAGGCAGGGGAGUUGUUUGAUGAAAUCUUAAGGAAAGGAGUGAUGGUCAACAGUUUGACUUAUGCGACAUUAAUUGACGGGUACUGUAAAUGUGGUUUUAUAAAAGAGGCAGAACACAUACUAACUGUGAUGAAAACGAAAGAGAUGACACCAAGAGUCGAAGCCUACACAUCUCUUUUACAUGCUUACAUUAAAUCAGGAGAAACGUCAAACAUUUUUACAAUUUUUGAGGAUUUGAUUCAAUUAGGUAUCUCUAAAAACGAAGUAUCGGAUAUUUUGGUUGAUAUUCUUUCCGAAGAGUACAAUGUCGAUAGAUCUUUUGAGCUUUGGGAUGAGCUAGUAGGUAAGGAACAUUGUUGCAGAAGUGUUUUUGAUCGAUUAUUUGAAAUUUUCUGUAAAAAAGGGAAAUUUGGUGAAGCAUUGGCUUCCAUUGAUGAAGACAAGAAGAGAAUUCGAUUUGGUUUCGACACAUGCAAGGCUCUUAUUGUUGGAUUGAAAAAUCGUGGCUAUAAUGAUGAAGUUGCUAAGGUGUUUGAAAAUAUGGUGAAGAUAUGAUAGGUUUCUGGCUUCAGUGAAGUUAAUGUGAAAUAGUUUAGUAUGUAGAGUGAAUUAGUUUAGCAAGUAGAAUGAACUGGCGUAAACUAUUUAUAGGAUUUAACAUUUUAUAUCAUUCAAGUUAAUAACAUAGUUUGUUUAUUAAUAAUUGACUCCGUAGCAAGUUUCUAGUUGUAAUCCUCGUGAUCGUCUUCCAUAGAUGAACUGAAGAAGUGGUGGGGGGGAUUUACACUUGGUUCUGGUACAUGUAAGAAUCUGAAUCUUGGUUUGAAAAAUGGUGGUUAUGAUGAUGAAGUGGCCAUGGUCUUUGAAAAAGUGAUGAAGUUAAUGAGUGUAAAUGAGCUGAUACAUCAAAAAGAAACAGAGCUGAAUGAGGCUGAUACAUCAAAGGAAGCAUCCUUGUAAGUUGCCUAUAUGGUGUGAUUCUGUUGACCAUUGCAUAUUGAUUGCGUUGUUCAAAGAUGGUUUCAGCUUAUCCAUUUUUCCGCCAUAAGCUGCUCAAGAAACAAUGACUCAUUUUGCCGUGAUUUAUGUCAGUUAAUUAUAAGUUCUCUAUUUAAUUUUAUGGGAACCUUUUUUUUAAAAUUACAAUUAUUUGCAAUUAAUGAUGAAUGAUGGACCUGAGGAGACUACCAUACGAUCUAUAUUAGGCAUCCACUAGGACCUAUUGGAAUCUGACUAGUUAAGGGAUUAGGAGUGUUUGUGGCUCACUUAACCACAAAGUUUUGAGAAAUCGGAAUCUACAUCUGACCUUAGCAACCCGUUUCAUAAUUUUGAUAGCAUUAGGCUUUACUUGGUUUCAUAAAUGUAAUUUUAGGUUAUCUAUUUUGCUCAUCUAUUUCUUUCUCUUACACGUGAUUUUUUUUACCAGUCUAUUAGAUUCAGGCAUCUGUAUUACCAACAUUGGCUCUCGGGUGAGGUUUCUCUUUUGUAAAUUAUUAAUUUUUGAGUCACUGAAAAA